CACAACCACCACUUGGAUUAGUUGAUGACUGACGGCAGGCGGUAUUCCGGGAAAUCGGUGGAAAUCACGGGAGAGCUGCCCUGAUAUAAAAUGACUGCAAUAGAAUAGGUCCUGAAUUUAAAAACAAAGGAAAUGGCGGCGAUCAGAAGAUGGAGCCUGCUGCAGCUUUUGCGGUCACGGUCACCAGUGUCUGCCAGGCUUCCAAGCAGGGGGAAAAAUCGGCACAGCUCGUCAUAUUAUCGCCAGAGCAGCGCAAAACCACAGUUAUUGUGUCAGGCAGCAGUGAGUCGAUUUUCAGCGCGAUGCCUAUUCAUUCAGACUCAGGAUACACCAAAUCCAAGGAGUCUGAAGUUUCUCCCAGGCAAGCCGGUUUUGGGAACUGGAACAUUAGAUUUCCCUAAUCCGAGCGCUGCCGAAUUCUCACCUUUAGCCAGGGACCUCUUUCAAGUGGAAGGAGUUAAGAGUGUCUUCUUUGGCCCUGACUUCAUCACAGUGACAAAGAGGGAUGACGAUGUGGAAUGGAUGGACAUUAAAGGUCAUGUAACCGAGGCCAUCGCUAAGUUCUUCGAGAGCGGGGAAGCUAUAACUACAGGAGAGACUCAUACAGAGAGUGGGCUCUCGGAGGAGGAUGAUGAUGAAGUUGUGUCCAUGAUCAAGGAGCUUCUGGACACACGGAUAAGGCCCACGGUGCAGGAGGAUGGUGGCGAUGUCAUCUUUAAGGGCUUUGAGGAUGGCACGGUGAAGCUGAAGCUGGUGGGCUCGUGCACAGGCUGCCCUAGCUCCACCGUCACGCUGCGCAAUGGUAUCCAGAACAUGCUGCAGUUCUAUAUCCCUGAGGUGGACGACGUGGAGCAGGUGGAAGAUGAAUUGGACGAAGUCAAUACACGCGUGUUUACAGAGCUAGAACGCAAACUCCAAGACUCGUAAUACUGCCCCCCCUCCCCCUAGCCCCCAAAUCAUGCCCACAGUUCUCCCAGUAAAUGACUGUCCAUAAAUGCUUAAAUAGCAGAUGUGAGCUAAAUCAGUUACACCUUGUAUUGUGCGUUUUCUAGGACCAUAGUGCAAUAUUAUAUUUGCAAGGAAAUUAUCUUCCGAUUUGCACUUUCCAAAUAUGUAGUCAUUCUGACCUUGAAAGAGGAUUUCUCCAGGAUGGAUAUGAAUUAUGAGUCUGUUACGAGGAAAUUUCUGUAAUAUUUAGUCACCUGCCCCCAAUGAGACUGUAAAUAGUAAAGAUGGAAGAUUAUUACUGUCAGACGCUUAAUAUACUGAUAUGAAGGCAAAUUUUUUUUCUUUUUUUCCCCAUAGUCAGGUUGUGGUACAAGCGUAUUUUAACGCCUGUAUUUUGAGAGGGAAGUUGAAAUGCACAGGGAUGCUAUGGCAUCGUUAGGUCUACCCUCAUAAGGACAACAUUUUGUUUAAGUUCCAUCGAAUGAGCUGUAUUUACUGUAUAUUCCCGUGUUGGGAAGUCAAAGGACUCAUGUGUUCAUUAUUCAGAUAUAAAAUUGGAGAUGUAUUUCAGACUGUAAAAUAUUCAUUUGCUCGAUUGCUGCUUUUAAAUAAAGUCUUCAU